AUGGACGAAUUGACCCCUCCCCGCAAGAGCGUGGAGCUGGAGGAUCCCGGUGCACACGAGCUAGUGGAAUCCUCGAGCGAUGAACAUUUCUCAGAUGCCUCAGAAGGCCGCAAGACACUCCAGGGCGGCGACCGAUCCAACGCCGCAUCCCCUAUCCCCAUGACCCGAGUCGAGCGAGUUGAUGACGAGCCAAGUUAUGGCGAAGUGCCCGGCACAGACGCAUACCAGAAGAGGACUCAAGAUGCAGUACCAGAUGAGGUGGAGAUAGUGCCGGAUGGGGCCCGCAGCCGCAGCACCUCGAGGCUUCGAGCAGAUGAUCGGCCUGUUACCCCCGGGGGUUCGCCGGUGCCAAAGACGGUGCUGGAGAAGGUUGAUGAUGCACCGGCUCAUGGAGAGGUCCCUGGAACAGUGGCCCAUCAGGUUCGUGCAGCAGAUGCUGUUCCCGAUGUGAUUCUGAAAGUUCCCCAACCACCAGAGAGGAGUGCUGAAGGGUCGCCAACUUCCUCGAACAGAUCCCCAAUCCUAAGCGUACACGAAGCAUACGAGCCCGAAUUGCCAGAUGGGCCUGCUGCGUCGAAGAAUGAGCAUAGCGAUGACCACCAGAGUGAUGGCGAAGGAGAGGAUACUGGCGAAUUCGGUGAUGACUUUGACGAUUUCGAAGAAGGCGGCAGCGAGGACGAUUUUGGGGACUUUGACGAUGGGUUUCAACAGGAGGAGGAGCACACACAACCUUCAUUUCGAGAAGUCCCUCCUCAACCUUCCAUACCUGUCUCUUCACCGGGUCCUCCCGUUCUUGAUUUCACUGAUCUCCUGUCACUCGAACAAGUCACUAGUGCUACACGGUCAUACGUCGAAACAUUGUUUCCAUUGCCGAAUGAGACACCAAUCAUAUCCAUGGAAGGUGUGAGCUCGAAUAUCCUCUCCGAACGAAGCCUUUCUCUCUGGUCUCAAUUGGUAGCCCCACCACCUUUGCAACCCCCGAACUGGGUACGAUCACGGAUAAGACGGCUAUUCCUAGUUUCUUUGGGAGUCCCAGUCGAUCUGGACGAGAUUUUACCCGCGAGCAAACAGAAGAAGCUUAUUUUACCAUCAAUCAACAUUCCAGGAGACCGGUCUCCACGCCCAUCUUCAGAUGAGCGGUCAAACGGUGCCAUAACACGACUAAAGCAAGGAAAUACUUCCUCUGCAUCGGUGGACUCAUCAGCAUCAAAGGCUGAACGAAAGCGGAGAGGGCCCCCUCCGCCGCCUCAGCUGGAUAUCAGCUCUACAACAAUGCUGUGCUCGACCACGGAGGCAGCCCUCAGCAACUUUACCGACGACGAACUGCGAAGCCAUGUCCAACGCCUGACCGAACUGAAACAAACGGGCAUAGAGGUGGUUGCCUACUGGACGAAGCGCUUGGAGAGCGCGCUGGGCGACAAGGAGGCCUUCGAAGGGGUCAUUGAGAACUUGGUGAUGCACGCAAAGAAGGUCAGGAAAUGA